GUUUAUCGUCCAGCUAAAAGAUGGCGUUAGCGGCUAGCUAAAACGAUUAUUCUUCGUUUGAUUGAAUUAAUUAUGUCGGUGGGAAUAAUUAGUCAUUGCAAAUACUUUAUUACUCUUGAGAUGGGACUUAAAAACAUAGAUUAUAGCACUUGUGUUCGCACAAUAACGCACCGUGAUUGUUUGUUGGGCCUUCUCGCAUACAGAGGCCUGUUUUUUUAGGGAGUGGACGAGAGGUUGACAAACUUCAACUCCCAGCAACAUUGCUGAGAAGUUAGGUCAAAGGGUAAUUUCUUCCAUUUGUCAUGCCGUCCCCCUGUCAACAUCCAUGUCAUCACUUUCUGUCUGAAGUGACUUGUUAUUGAGGAUAAUUAGAAGAGCAGGUGGGUUGGAGACAAUUAGUGGCAUCAUGGCGUCAAAGCCAGUGCCUGGGAUCCAGAAACAUGGGACAUGGGCAGGCAACCCCAGAGAAGUGUCCUCAGUCUCCCCAGAGACCUCUCUGACCUGGUGCCUGUCACAGCUCUCUAAACCUGAGAGAGCAGCAGCUGAGGACCACAAGCCAGGCACUGCAGGGCCGGACACCAGUGGACACAGACAGCUGGCCAAGAGGGUCAAAGCUGGGCAGUGGCGAGCACUGGUGGCCAUCCGCACACAGCACAUUAAAGGAGGAAGCAGUGGGAUAGCUCGAUUCCGAGGCCAGGGUGGACUGCGCACUCUCCUGGACCUGCUAAAGCACCCUGAGUGUUCCAGGAAGACUCUGGACCUGGCUCUCAGCAUCCUGGCUAACUGCUGCACUGAGAGACAGACACGAGUUGAGGUUAUGAAGCUUGAUGGAAUAUCUAUUGUGGUGGGUAUUUUGAAGAAGAAUGUAGCCAUGGAGACGAUCCAGAACAGAGCAGCCCGGGCCUUGGGGAACUUGGCCAUGGACCCAGAGAGUUCCACACUUAUCCACUCUGCCGGUGGUGUUCCACUCCUGCUCCUCUGCGUCUCUCUUGCAUCUGCCCCAUCCCCUCCCUCUGAUGACCCACUGGAAGCCCCUUCCUCUAAACUAGAGUGUGCUCAGUCGGCUGCCCGUGCCCUCCUCUACCUUGCAGACACCCCCUCAAACCGCCUUUUACUGCUCACCCAGGGUACUCUGACUGCUCUCUCCCCGCUCAUUGCCCCAGAGUACCCUCUGGGGCUGAGGAGAGCAGCACUCCGGACCCUCCAUGAGCUCACCAGGAGCUGUGGUGUAGAGUGUGCUAGAGAGGUGUCCCGAUCUGGGGUUCUAGCUCAGCUAGGUGUCAUGGCUUCGGGAGAGGCCGCUAAACCAUUUGAGGAGCUUGCGUUGAAAACCCUGGCCAACAUGUGCACUCAAGGCUGCUUACGUCCUCUGGUGGGUUCCCUGGGGGUAAUCCAGAAGUUUACGGAGGAGGUCAAGAAGGACGGCCUGAAGUCUGGAGUGUUCCUCAAGGCUCUCUGCUUAUGCUGCAAAGAGGCAGUGAACCGGGCCAAAGUGAAGGAGAGUGGCGGUCUGGAGGUGUUGAUUAGCUUCCUUGGUGUCCAUCGGAGCCACCCCCUCGAUCGAUUGGUCAUUCUGGCCUGUGUUGACUUUGUCUAUGACGAAGCUGCCCUGGAACAGUUACAAGAAUUGGGAAUAGUCCCCCUGCUAGUUGCUCGGUUAGUGGAGCUGGCUAAAGGUGAGGAGCCAUCUGCUGGGAAGAUGGAUGUGAGCCUCACCUCUACCAUGUUUGCGUCAGAGCUGCUGUCUACGUCAUGUUUCGACUCAUUUGACUUUCCUCCCCCAGAGGGGAACAGGAAAGAGGAGAUGGGGAAGGAGCAUGUCCUUGGGUCAUCCAGCUUUCUUAGCCUGAGGUCCUGGUUGGUGUCUGAAGGUUUGAUCUCCUCUGAGGGGGAUCUUCUUGACUCUCCUGGAGGCACGGAGGGAGAUUGGGGGAGUCUUCAUAUCCCUUCUUCUCCCAAAACGUCUUCCACUGAUUGUCAUUCCCCUUUAAAAUGCUUAUCUCCUACCCGCUCACUACCUUCCUCCACUCCCUUAUCCGUACCCAAAUCUCAGAGUCAAUCCACCCGCUCUACCUCAACGAGUUCUCCAGCUCAGGUCCACAUGUCAUCUCCCUCAAAAACCGCUGAUCUGUCUCCCUGUGUCCCUCUGCCCUCCUCUACCUCCACCGCCCAGCCCGGCUCCUCUACCUCCACCCCCCAAGCCCAGUCUGGCUCCUCCACCUCUGCUCUCCAUUCCUCAACUAUCCCACCCCUCACUUCCGUCUCCUCAUCCAAGUUCUCCUCCCCUCCACGGAAAAGGCCACGUGUCCCCUCAACCACCCGCUCCAGUGUGGUGCCCCUCGACACCCCUCCCACAGUGUCCCGACCCCAGGCCUAUCACCACCCGUACCACCCUGAGCCUUGGGCCCCAGAGUCUCCCAUCCUGCUGCUGCUCUCACGCUUCUCUCACGCCACGGACCCCAGCGCUGCUCUGGUCAACUCAGGCAUCAUUUCUGGCCUACUGUUUUACCUCAGCCAGCAUCAGGACCCCAGCGGCAGGUGCUUCCGCAUGCUGUGCCGGCUGAGCUGCAACCCCAACUGUCUGCAGGCGCUGGUCAGGACUGGCUCAGUGGCUCUGAUCCGCCAUCACCUGGUCCAGAGAGGGAGUGACCCUGAGAGUUGGGGAGCUGGAGAGAGGCAGACUGAUAGGGUCAAGGCCAAAGUGAAACAGCUUGGUCUUGCUCUGCUUAGUAAUCUACGUGUUCAGUGUGAGUCUGGAUUUGGUUCUGGAGUCCUGAGCCAUGUGAUUCUGUCUGGCUCAGAGUCAGACAAGCUGAACUGUGCUCUGUCUCUACCACUAGUAAAUGGUAACAAGGUUCUCUUGAAGAAACUUCUUCUAGACAACGGUGGUCUACUCUUGGCUCUGGAGCCCCUUGGAUGUAAUGAGGACGAGGAAGAGGAAGACCAUCACACCAGUGAAUGCCGACGACUCCUCUCAGAUUGUCUCAACUCACCGCAACAUGUCUCCGCCCCCCAGCUCCACUCUCUAUAUUUCUCCCUGCUGAUUGGAUGCCUCUCUAGUCUGAUGGGUUGCCCCAAAACAGUACUGGCUAAAAGAAGGUGCAGGGUACUCAGUCCUAUCAAACCCCUGUCAGUCUCACAAACUGGUAAAGCUUCACCCCCUCCCUUAAAAAAGCCUUGUCUGGUCAAUAUCUGUGCUUACAAUGACUCAACCUUUGACCUCCUCUUCCUGCUGGACGAUGGGAGCCAGGUGUCAGCCAAUAGGGAAGCAGUGGCUGGGGCCGAGGGAACCGAGGUGGUGGGGUCAGAGUACUUCAGGGCCCUGUUGAGGGGGAGCUUUGGAGAGGCCCAAGGGAGAACUGGGGAGGCCAUCCCCAUCAGGGAUGUGAGCCAAGGCAUGCUGCUACCUGUACUGCACUAUCUGCAUGGCUGUCGCCUGAACAAGGACGAGGAGACUGCAGAGGAACAGUGGGAUGAGACGGAGAGAGAAGGCAGAGGAGAGUGUCAGAUUUUGGGAUUCUUGGCCUCUGAGGGGCUGGGUGUCUGGAGAGACGGGGUAGAAGAACCCUCACCAGAGGCACAGAGCUUCCAGAAGACCCCCCUAGCUGAGACGAUGAUGGGGGCCUGUAGGUUUUUGGUGACAGAGUUGCAGAGGGAGGUGGAGGAUCUGUGUGUGUCUUUGCUGUCCUGCUCUGCCAAGAAUGCUGGUCGAAUUGCAGACGUUGGCAAAAAGCCCCCACCUAACAUGGACCAAUAUGGGUCAGAGGGAGAGUCUGCUGACGAGAGCCUGGCAAACCGCACAUCUGGACUAGAGUUGAGUGGUUCUGAGGCCCAGACAGACUCCUUGUCCCCCACAGUGACAGCAGGCCAGGCUGAGUCACUACAUGGCUCUGGACUCCAACCCUGUCAGCAGACAGAGGGUAGACGGCACUCUGCCCCUGGACCAGGCCAGAAGGGCAAUAGUGCACCAAAGACAACGUCAGGACUGGAGACUUGUGUCAAUCCGCUGAAAUCAAGUUCUGCCUCAAAGUGCUGCAAAAGACGUUCUAAACUGCGGAGUGUUUCAAACACACAGAAGGUUGCGGAUUCUGUACAGGACUCUAAAGUUGGUCCUGGAAGAUGGACCCUUCUACCACAGGUGUAUUGGUUUUCCCAACGGUACAGCUAUCCUGGACUGGGCAGGGCCUGCCUGUCCCUACUGCUGGGCUCUCAGGGCUUCUCCCAGCCCCGCCCUUCUUCCCUGGCUGCAGACUGCCUGCGCAGACUGGCCAGAGAGGCAGACUGUACAGAGACUCUGAAACGUGACCUCGUGAGUCUGGCCACCAUGGCCCUGAGCUGAGAGGGGGAGGAAAGAGGGGUGUUGGAUGGGGAUAGAGGAGAGGAGAAACAGAGGAUCAAAUAGAUUAUUAGGGAUGGUAUGAGAUCAUGUGAUUGUCUCUCCAGUGACACUGAAGUUAACGUUUGUCAUUGUGAGAAGUCUUCACAACAUGAUUAGCCUUCCUUCCUUGUGAAUAUCUGUCUUUGUCUCACAACAAAUAACCUUUAUAUUCCAAUAUUGGUGUUUACAAAAGUAAUUGAAGUUUGAAUGAUUUUCUUCAGAAUAGUACAUUUAUAUUUAAAGGAGUCAUGCUGCCAUUUAACGGGAUGGGUUCUCAGACAGUGAAUCAUGGGGAAAAUAAUUAUCUCAUGGUGCACUGUAAAUUAAAUUGUAUUAUAAUGAAAGCAUUAGCAUAAUGUAAUAUGCUAAAUACUUUUGUUGCAUGUAAUGUUAAUUUUUUUUAUAUUUUCAGUUUGCUUUUGAAAUAUACACAGCUGUCCUGUAAAUGUCCUGUAUUGACUUGGAUCACUCUAAUAAUCAGGUGGGACUGGGUGCCAUGUUGUAUAUGCUGUAAAUAAAGUGAACUUUAGGAGUAGCUGCAAGGUGACGAUAACAGAGAUCAGCUUUCACUCGCCUCAUGUGAAUCCACGCUCCUCAAUAAAUCUGUUUAGACGUCUU